AUGCCCACGCGCAUAACAAUAGAGAACCAAUACGCACCUCUGCGAAACCUGCCCUAUCCUUCCAUUGCUAUAUGUACUCCGAACCAAAUAAGUAUAACCGCUCUGCGUCACUUUAAUAGGACUCUUGUAGAAGGCAAUAGUAAAAAUAUAAACGUUGGUGUGGCUUUUCCACAAUUGCUCGGUUUUUAUGAAAUGCUUGGAGAGUUGGAUGAAAAGAGUCUUCAUGAAAUCGAAUUGCUCAUUGAAGAAAAUCGGUACCACGCUUUACAAGUGAUGGGGAUGAUACCACAGAGCUGCGAAGAUUUUUUAAAGCUGUGCUUCUUUAAGAAGAAAGUCUAUCCCAAUUGUCGGGAACUAUUUCACCCGAUAAUUACAAACCGUGGUCUCUGCUGUGUUUUUAAUAAUAUUUACCAGCAUCAAUACAAAAAAAGAAAUGAAAAGAUCAAGAAUUUCACACAAAUCACUGCGCAAAAUGUUGGAGCUGGAUUAGGAAACGCGUUGAGUGUGGUUGUGGAUUAUAAUCCAGAAGACGCCGUGGAUGGUACUGUUGUUAGUGCAGGGGCAACAAGAGUGAUGAUAACAGAGGCUUUUGAAUUUCCGUCUGAAGAAGAAUCGAACUUGGUCCGUCCGAAUUCUGAAUCAUACCACAUCAUUCACCCAACUUAUACUUAUUGUUCAGAGGACGUGAAAAGAUUACCCGUCGGAAGUCGCAAGUGCCUGUUCGCUGAAGAGAAGCAAGUGCGAUACUUCGGUGAAUACCACAGCAGUGACUGCAGCUUGCUGUGCCACAUACAGCAGAUUGAGAGACACUGCCACUGCACCAUGAUCUAUGUUCCCCAUGUUCAUGUGGAACGGGCUUGCAAUAUAUCAAGUAUCGCUUGCAUUAUACGUGUUAAAUCUCAAAUUAGCGAUUUGUUUUUCAUAAACAACAACUGCGAUUGUCCUCGAGACUGCGAGACGUAUGAAUAUCGUUCAGAGCUGGUGGUUGGCAACAUGAACGCCCUCGAGCACCUGACCGCCAAUUUUUACGACGGUCUAAAGUUUAACGACAGUUCCUCCAUAAUGCACUUCUUCUUUCCAAGACCAGUCUUCGUACAAAAGAAACAAGAGACUGUUAUGUCGUUGAUUAUCUUCUUUUCGAAUCUUGGCGGUGUAUUCGGUCUUUGCAUGGGUUGCAGCGUCAUAAGCGUUGUAGAAUUAAUCUUCUUCAUUAACAUGUUCUUAAGAAGCAGAAUUAAAAGGUGGAAACGCCGUGUACAAAAUCAUCAAUAUCUUAAUUAG